GUUGCCGCGAUCCCUGACCUUGUUGAAAUCCGGUACUUGGCGUUGUUCUCUCGUCGUGACUGUGUGUCAGUUCGUGCAUGUCUACCACGCGCAUUCCUCUUCUUGCAUUUUCCACGCGUAGCUAGCUGCACCUUCAGAUUCACAUUUUUCCCUCCCUUUUCCCUCUGUUCUUGCGUCUUUCCUGGUGAACCCACCGCUGCCAAGAGAGUGGGAAACACCGCUAAAAUGUCAAUUGACGACAAGGACUCUCCUGGCGUCCACGACGCCGCCAUCGGCCACAAUGAUGGUGUCGACGAGAAGAAAGGAAACGCGGCCGACCGCGCCGACAUGUACCGUAUGGGCAAAACCCAGGAAAUGAGGAGAAACUUUCGCUUCCUGUCCAUCUUCGGCUUUUCCAUGAUUCUAAUGGCGUCGUGGGAGUUUUCUCUGAGCGUCUCUACCAUCGGGCUUGUUAACGGCGGCACUGCCGGUUUGAUCUGGAUGUUCUUUAUUUGCUGGGUAGGCUUCCUUCUGGUAAACACGUCAAUGGCCGAGAUGGCUUCAAUGGCUCCCACGACUGGUGGACAAUAUCACUGGGUAUCCGAAUUCGCGCCGCCGCAGUACCAGAAGUUCAUCAGUUACCUCAUGGGAUGGAUGUGCGUGCUCGGCUGGCAGACUUCAUGUGCCUCCUCAGCCUUCAUUGCUGGCACCCAGAUCCAAGGCCUCGUCGUCCUAAACUACCCCGACUAUGUCCCCGAGGCCUGGCAUGGCACGCUCCUCAGUGUGGCUGUUGCUGCUUUCUCGGUGCUCUUCAACACCGUCCUGGCCAGAAAGCUGCCAUUGGUUGACGCUAUCGUCCUCAUCAUUCACAUCUUCGCCUUCUUUGGCAUCUUGGUCACUCUCUGGGUUCUUUCGCCCACAGCCGACGCCAAGGCUGUGUUCACUGAGUUUAGCGAUGGAGGAGGUUGGGGCAGCUUGGGAGGCUCAACCCUCGUGGGCGUUCUUGCGGGCGUUUUGCCACUGCUUGGUGCAGAUGCUGCCGUCCAUAUGUCGGAAGAGCUCCGCGAUGCCAGCCGUACUCUGCCGCGCUCCAUGAUCAUGACUACUAUCUUCAAUGGCGCUUUGGGAUGGAUCAUGGUUAUCACGUACUGCUUCUGCAUCGGCGACCUUGGGGAGGUCCUCAUGUCACCAACCGGCUACCCAUUCAUGCAGGUCUUCUACAACUCGACGCAGUCGGCGAAAAGUGCUACCGCAAUGUCGGUCUUCGUCGUUGCCAUGACCGUCUUCUCCAACUUGACCAUGGUGGCCACAUCGUCGCGCCAGCUCUUCGCCUUCGCACGAGACCAUGCCGUCCCUUUCAGCCCUUGGUUCUCUACGGUACCAGCAGGAUGGGAUGUCCCCCUCAAUGCAAUUCUGACGACUUUUCUUAUCUCAAGCCUUCUCUCCCUCAUCAACAUCGGCUCGGCUGUCGCACUGAACUCAAUCACUUCUUUGGCAACGACAUCACUUCUCUCCAGCUACAUCGUCUCCAUCGGCUGCAUGAUCUGGCGGCGAUGGACAAACAGCCCGCUUCUGCCCUCCAAGUUCAGCCUGGGUCAAUGGGGUCUCGCCGUCAACAUCGCCUCCGAGGCCUUCCUUGUCGUCAUUUUUGUUCUGGCAUUCAUGCCUGGCAACCCUAACCCGACGCCAGCAGAGAUGAACUGGAAUAUUCUAAUUUACGGCGCCGUUACAAUGUUCUCUUUGGCAUACUACCUCUUCCGCGGAACUCACCGUUACGAAGGUCCAGUCGCCUACGUCAGAGCGCAUCAGCAAUGA